UAAGAUUUAAUAUACAGUACCUUGCCUCCGCACACUCCACUAAGUCCAAAUUCGCAACCGGGAUUCAAGAUUACCGAAAGACAAACGACAACAAGGGUCGCGAAUACCACCCCACUCAGUGACCAGUCAUUGCACGCCAACAUGUCGGGGUCACAAGUAGCAGGAGCUCCUGGAUCGACACCAGCGAACAUGCCAGUGAGAUCAUUCUCGACUAGUAGUGCGUUGACAGAUCGUACGGAUGAGGGAGAGGCAGUACCAUUGGAGAACCCUAAGGAUACUUCAGAAUUGUUAGGAGAAAGAUUGAGAGCUUGGAAACAUGCAGUCGGGUAUCUUGAGGAAUACAUUGGGGCGACGGAGAAAGUACAAAAACAGCAAUCAAAGGAGUAUGAGAAGGUUUUGAAGACUAUCGCAAACCCCUUAAAAGAGGGGCACCAUUUUCAGCAGGAGUUAGGAGGUAUGGCGGGAAUGUUCGAAAACAUGCGAACGAAUACUCAGGGUUUAAUAAACUCGCACCUCGAAACAGAGAAGAAUCUGAAAGGCACGGUACUACCCAUACUCGAUCGAUUACACAAGGAAAUCAAACACAAAUCUAAGGAGUUACUUUCUGGGGCUUCAAAGGGAGCAAAAGAGGUCGAUAAGGCUAGAAAUAUUACACAAAAACAUAUUGAGCUUUUGGGAUCGCAAACUGCGAACUACCAAUCCAGCGCUGCUUCCAUGAAGUCGGCCGAAGAUCCAUAUGUCGUUCACCGAGGUAUUCUACAUCGACUUCACAAGCAAGUUUUGGAGGAAAACACCAAUCGUCAUGAUCUCAUUCAAGUCCAAAAUAACUUUGCGCAAUUUGAGGCUCAUGUAAUCGAGAUCAUCCAACAGACUAUGAUGAGUUUCACUCAGAUAGUUACGAGCCAAUCUCAAAGAGAACAAACACUCUUCGCAGAUAUGCUGAACGCUUGCCAAGGAGUUCCUGCAAAUCUCGAAUGGGAAGGCUUCGUUCACCGUAACCAAGCUUUACUUAUUGAUCCCAACGCCCCGGACCGCUCAGUAGAAGCAAUUAGCUUCCCCAACCAGAAUCACGCUAGCACUCAGGCUCUUAUCGAGGGUUCGCUUGAACGCAAGAGCAGAAACAAGUUGAGCUUCGCCGGUUACACUACUGGCUACUAUGUCGUAACUCCAAGCAAAUUCCUCCACGAAUUCAAAGACAACGACAAUGUUCGCAAAGAUCCCGUUCCGGAGUUAUCUAUCUACCUUCCAGAUGCUAUAAUUGGAAGUACUAGCGGCGAAAAAUUCAAUAUCAAAGGAAAAGAUGUUUCCAAGGGAAUAGGAAGUAAAUUGUCUGGUACUUCCGAAAUUGCCUUUAAGGCGCAUUCGGCAGCGGAUGCCAAUAAGUGGUAUGAAGUCAUCAAAUCGGUCGUGGGAUCAAGUCCAGCAGAAGCAAUCAGUCCAAUGGGUCCAUUGAGUCCAACAUCCCCGACUGAUUCAAAACAAAGCUCAAUGAGCUAUCCCGCGGAAAAACAACCUGAAUCAAUUCAAACUGGAGGAACAAUUACAGGAGGGGAGACAGUUGCUAGUCCCGUGGCGACAACGAAUGCAACUGAUUUUGCACCUGGAACAGUACCAGAGAAAACUGGUUAAAUUGGCAGGAAUGAGAGAGUGUUUGGAGAUUGUAAUUUAAGGGGAAAGGGAGGAUAAGAUUUUUAGCGAAUUGGUACAGAGAAGUAAAUUUAAGCAGUGCGUCAGCGUGUGUUCGAGUUGUCAAACAUGAUUUGCUCUUUUGAGCGUGUUGAUUAUGUUUGAAUAGCGGUCGAAGUAUUUGAAAUAUAUCCAGCGGGGGAGGGGCGAGCAGAGGUAAUGUUUAGUU